AACAGCUGCUUCCUCCUUGUUAAUACUAAUCGACAGUUUAGUUUAGCUCUUCUGUACAGUUACACAGUGCCGAUGUGGAGGCUGGAUGUUUCUGUCGGUGAUGACUGGAAUAAGGGACUCUGUUGGCGACUACUAACCGGAUUCUAACUAAAUGGUGUAUUUCCAGAUACUUGAAAUGGAUAUCAAAGCCAAAUUGCUGGAUUUUGUCUUCUUAAUGAUCUACAUGAACCUUGUGUCAGGAGCAGAGGGCAUUCCUGGCCCUGCCAAUGUGAUGGUGAAAAUUUUGGAUGGGGAGGUAAUACUACAUUGGGACACACCUGAGGAUGCACCUUCAAAUUACUACUACAAUGUGGAAAUGGCAAAGUUCAACGAUGACUGGGACAUUUUGGCAAGUUGCACACAGAUUAAUGAUACCUACUGCAGCCUUAGCAGUUUUAUACCUGAUUUUCAGACUAAAUACAAGGUCAGAGUUCAGCUGGUAGCAGGGAGUAACAAGUCUGGUUGGGUUCUUAAAAGAUUUCUCCUGAAUGAAAGCAAACUGCAACCUCCCUCCUUCACAUUGUGGGCUACAUCCAGCACUAUAACCGUCUCUGUUCACCCAAAACCCAUUCUGAAGAAGAUUUUUCCUUUUGGUCUAAUCUAUACGAUUUACCUAGAGGAGAAAGGACAAGAUAAUAAGAAUACCACGGCAUACUUGAAUGAUGAUAUGGAAGAGGAUCAGAAGACUACUUUCACUUCUCUCCAUUGGGGUAAAGAGUACUGUGUCAGCGUCAAGUUAGAGGGCAGUGGAAAUCUCUACACCAGCAGUGUUUCCAAAAAACAGUGUCUGCUGUUGCCAGAGCCAGAAUAUUACAUUAUUGCCGUAUCAUCCCUGUCAGUUGUGGGUGGGCUGGCAUUCAUUGCAAUCAUAGCAGUCUGCCUGCUGUGUUACCUGAAAAGUCCAGAGAAAACACCUGCUGCACUGAAAUCCCCUGCUAGUGGCUGGCUUCCACUCUAUGUUGAAGAUGGGACUGUGGAGGUGGUUACAGACAAAGGAUGGUUUCUGUCACCAUACAGAAAAGACAUGAAAGAUGGUGUGAAAGACCCAAUCAGUCAUCUUACAGUAACAGAGGACAAUGAAGAAGAGGAGAGGAGGACCAGCAUGGAUAGUGGGCUCAGUAUGGAGUCUAACUCAAACAAUGAAGAGAAUCCACCAAUGAGACAAGAUGACAGUGGCUGUGGAAGCAUGGGAGGACCUGAAAGCACAACUAGCAGCCAAACAGAUUACCCACUUGAGACUGAGCGGGCUGAUUCCAGUCAGAAAAGAGAGGACAGUGGGGUGGGUCUGGGCUGCCAGAUGAUUUCUUGCAUAAACCUGGAUGGGCAGGACAGUGGGCCUCUAAAAGAGUCUGCUGCUGGAGGUAAUUAUCGCAGCCAGAGUCCUUCAGAUGUGCAGAUGCAAGCUUCUGAAGACGAGGAAACAUUUAAACAGAUACUUCCAGACUUGGUUUUGGCCGAGGUGGUCACGGGCUACAGAGCUGGGCCUCAGUCGUGUAUCUGUUCAGGAGCUGGUCAGUGCAUUUGGUGUCAUCAGCAAGGCCACGAUGAAACCAAAGUCAUCAAACAAUAUAGAAAAGUGUCUAUUGAAAAUGGACUACUUGUAAGCCAAUCUGAUUUAAUAGACUCUUACAAAGGAGAUGUUACACAUCCAGGUUACUCUAGAGAGAAACAAACUGACACACACAUGAUGGAUGACUUAGAAUCAGUCUUUCCACUGAGGGAUUUUCCUCUGCUGACCUCUCUGUCCCCACUGCCCUUAGUGAAGUGUGGGCAGGACUUCAAUAUGAACAAUGUGUCCCUUUCUCUCUGCGAUGUACAGCUGAAAAUUGACUGAUAAACUGUGAGAUGUGACAAAACACUUUAUUUAAAAAGAAAAAAGAAAAAAAAUCCUGCCACCGCAUGUUACAGUGCAAUACUGGAGCAAUAAACUCACAUUUUCUACACUUAAUGAAACAGAAGCACUAGAGUGAGGUAAAAAGCUCCAGUGCCAGAAACUGAAAAAACAUGCGGAAAUCUUGGGGAUAAAACCGAGUGGUUAACAGGCAGUUACUGAACAUACUGUAGGAAGGAAACAGAGGUUAGAUUACACAGCUACUGACUGGUAACCGUUGGAAGGAGUCUUGGGAGAUUAUAAAGACUGAGAAGAUUCUAAGAAACACCCUUUUUAACCCUGUUUCACUGAGUCUAUUUACAACUGACUAAUGUGUUGUCUGCCGGAAGUGAAACUGUGUGGGGAGCACUGAAGAGAAACGGCUUGACAAUUAUAUGCUCUUGGACAUUUUGUGAUUUCAUCGCCGCCAACAAUGAACUUUAUUGCAGUUGCCCACAUGAGAGUGUUCUUAUUUCUCAGCAGUGUGUUUAAUUCACACAGUUUCAUGAUACUUAAUCAAUCCACAAACCUUUUACAAUAACAAGUGGUUUCACCUUACUUAACAAGCAAACUUUGAUAUAAAGAGCAUUUAGUGUCUGAUUCUCUUUCAUGUUUUCUUACAUGGCAAAAUAUUUUCAUGUUUGUGCUUAUAGACCAGCUACUUCUUUGUUCAGUCUAUUUAUUAGUCUGUUUAUUUAAUGUCUUUGCUGAUACAUGUGCUACUCAUGAUUAAAACUUUACCUUGGACUAGUCUGUAAAAUUCAUAUGUUGCUAAGAUUCCUAAAAACAAUGCCUAAACCUAGCUAAACAGUGAGUGAAAAGUGGAAAAAGUGAAAGUGGAACUUGAAAAUAUUUUUUGAAAAGAAUUAUUAAAUUAAGUU